GUAAAAAUGUGUGUAUUUUUUGAAAAAUGUUACCUUCUCAAAUUAUCAAUUAAUUAAAUUUAAUUCCAGUGUCGGAGACUACGCAGUCUAACAUAGCACGUAAUAAUAUGCUAUUUUGUUUAUUAAAUUUAUAGUAAGUAGGUACCUAACAGUUAUAUUAUCAUGGACAUCGAAGAUGAUUUUGAAGAUAGAACUAAAGUAAAACGCCACCGAAAGCCAAUUAAUAGGAAAACUAAACGAAUUAUAACUUUUGAUGAAAAAUCUAGAAGGUAGUGUAUUUUUUCAUUGAUUGUUAAGUACUUCUAUUAACUGUGUUUUUUCAACAACAUACAUUUUAAAACACAAUUUAUUAAUAAACAUAUUAAUAUAGGUACUCAUAUUUUACAGAUGGUUCAAUUUAAAUUUUGGGCCAUUCAUUUAAUUUAAACAACAUAGAUUACUAUUAAACAUAAAGUCAAUUUGUUUAUUUUUGUAUAAUAUAUUUUUCUAUAAUGUCUAAUGUUGUGUUGUAUGCAUUGUAAUAUUUUCAUUUUGAAUAAUUAGAUAGUAUACAUAUUUAAUUUUCAUUAAACAUAGGUUUCAUUUUUAAAAUUUGUUAUUAUUAGUGAUCAAGCAUAGUAAAACAAAAAUUAAUUAUAUUAUAAUUUUUAGUGAGUUUUUAACUGGAUUUCAUAAAAGAAAGCUGGCACGAAGAAAGAAAGCCAAAGAGGAUUUUGAAAAGAAACUUAAAGAAGAAAAGAAAAGAAUCAAAACUGAGGUAAAUUAUAUAUAUAUUUAUUAAAUAAUACCAACAAUAUUUUUUUGUAAGUUUUUAAUUUGUUACAUAGGCUAGAGAAGCUUUCAAAAAAUUAACUAAUUCUCAUCCAUUUAUCCCAGAACCCCUUGAUAUGGUUACUGAAGAGUAUAGUCUAACAAAUCAUACAGUGCAAAUUUGUGAUCUGUCAACUGAUGAGAUUGCAAAAUGUAACAACUGGAUUGGAGCAAAUCAGGUAUUACAAUGUAUAAUUAUUUGUUAAUCAACAAUUUUUGAAAAGAAUACAUUGUACAAAUGUGAACAAAGUUAAACAAAUAUUAAUUUAUGGUCUAAUAUGUUUAGUUAGGAUUUAAUAUCAUCUCUAAAAUCAUAAAAAAAAAUAAAUAUAUAUCACCUAAUGUGCACCUAUACUACCAACUAGUAUUAAUAAAAUUAACUAUUAACUGUUGAGUAUUACAAAGCAUAUUUGUUAUAGUUAGUAAAAGAAAAACUGACUUAUGACCCCUACGCUAUAACGCCUGGUAGCACCAUAAGUUCUCAAUCUAAAACUACUGUUGGCAUAAAUCUAGUUUAGCGCCCAAGCAAUUUUUUGUUUUUUUUUUCAAAAUAUGUGUUUUUCAAUGCUUAAUCUAAUGGUUUAAUCAAAACUUACCUAUCAUACUUUUAUGGUUUUUGUACAUAAAUCUUGAAAAUUAACAUUUUUGGAAUUCAUCCAAAAUGUCAAAAAUUGAUAUUUUUUCAUUAUUAUUUUUUUUAAUUAUUGAAAUUUUGAUAAAAAGUUUUUUUAUUGAAGUCAUCUGGCUUAGUUUCAGAGUUAUAAAUAUUGAAAUGUGAAAUGUUAUGCGAGCGCAGCGAGCUAAUAAAAAAACUUUGUUAUUAAAAUCAAAAUAAUUAAAAUAAUAAUAACAAAAAAAUGUUAAUUUUUGACCACAUUUUAGAUGAAUUCCAAAAAUGCUAUUUUGCAAGGUUUUUGCAUAAAAACUAUAAAAAUAAGUAUGAUAGGUAAGUUUUGAUUAAACCAUUAGAUUAAGCAUUAAAAACACUCAUUUUGAAAAAAAAAAAAUUUGAAAUUGUCAAAUUCUAACUAAGAAAAACGCGAAACAGAAAACUCAAACUUUAUGAAGUUUUCCCUCAUAACCUCAAAACGAAGUUUAUUCGCUAUAUACACUUAAAACCAUACAUUUUGAAAAAAAAAAUCAUGGCGCUAAACUAGAUUUGUUCCCAAUUGUGUUGCAAUUGCACGCUACACAAAUCAUGAUAACAACUGACGUGAAACAGCUGCUAGGUUUCAGAAAAUAUUUAUUUAUAAUUUACCACAUUUCAUAUAAGUUUUUUGUUUAUGUAGGUAAUUUAUGAAGACGAAAAAGAAAGUGAUCCAGAAGAUAUUGAUGAUGAAAAUGAUUGUGAAGAGGUACCUGGCAUGAAUUUUAAUUCAAUAAAAGAAAUAAAGAAGGCGAUAAAAAAACAAGCUGCUGAAACUGUCCAAAACAGUAAAGUAUUUAAAAUGAAAAAUAAAAUUGAACGAAUCAAAGAUAAAAAGAAAGCAAAACGAAAGAAACUUUUAGAAUCAAAAAGACAAAAGUGGUUGAAAAAAAAAGGAAAAAAAAGAUAAAUAAUAAUAGUUUAGGUUAUAUUUAUGUUGAUUUAAUUACUUUUAAAUGUAUUCUGUUAAAAUUUAAAUAAAAUAUAAAU